ACGCGGUUUCUGCGUGUUUUACGGGUAACCAGAUAAAGCGAUCCGUACUUUUUUUAAGUCGAAUCAACUUUACUUCGCGGAAAGAAUUCAUGCCAUAUUAAAAGGAAAAACGGAAAAAAUUUAUUUUUGUGUUUUUAAAGUAAAGCCUAUUUACCAAUUUGGAAUGUCGUCGGGCUGGAUGUAUGGUCGCUACGCGCCUAUGCCUCGGCUGGAAGGCCUACCUCCUCUAAAGCAUGGUCACGUGAGGGUGAAAAGUGAUGGAUUGUCAAAUUUGUGAUUAUCGCACUUUUUUUCCUGUUAUUAUCCUAAAUUAUUUUAAAUGAGUUCGAUUUUUCGAUUUUUUGGACAAAGAUUGCCUCGUUUCAAAUAUAACGCAUUUAUCAGACAUCAUUAUGAUAAUUCCUCUAUUACAAAUUUCCCUACAAAAAGCCCGAUAAAAGAAGAGUAUUUUGAUAAUUUGACCAAAGAUAAAGCUUUCAGGCAAGUUUUGGACGAUAUAAAUAAAGUUUUGUCUUCUGCUUCCAUAAACGAUUCUUUACGCAAAAUAGAAGAGUACGAAGAAGAUAAUCCAUAUGUGCGCAAAUCACCUGCAGCAAUCUUUGGUACUAAAAGAAUCGGCUGGGUAAUAUUACCUGAUUGGUUAAAUGAAGCAGUCCUAGAAAUUGUCAAAGAACAUGAUAAAGAAAUGAUUAAACAUGAUGCAAACCGAAUCUAUCAAUCUUUGCGGUCCACCACUGGCUAUGAUCCUAAGUUUGAUGUAGAUUUUAAGGAUCCUAUCAUGGGUCCAUGCAAAAGCGCACGAAAUGCAUUCAAACGCUUUGUUCUGGAAAAUGAGGUCAAACCUCACGUUCUUGAAUAUGGUACUCGUGAAGCAAUGGCUUAUAUUGCUGGGUAUUUACCAAUUUCCUAUGGUCCAAUUUUCAACGUUCUCACUGAAUUAAAGAGUAGAAUUCCGGAUUUCUCGCCACAGAGUGUUAUGGACUUUGGAACUGGACCUGGAACUGCAAUAUGGGUAUCACAUAACAUUUGGGAUAAACAUGUUCCAAAUUUUUUAGGGAUUGAUAUAUCUGAAUCAAUGUUGAGGACAGCAGAGAAACUGUUGUCAUUUCAACCUAAAGAGGAUCGAAUAAAAAAUAUCGAAUUUAAGCGUUACCUAUCCUAUGAACCACACCAAUUGAAACAUGAUCUCGUGAUUAGUGCAUUUACUUUGAAUGAGUUGCCGAAUGAUAAUAUCAGAGAAACCGUUUUGGAAUCACUAUGGAAUAGGACGAACGAUUUAUUGGUUUUGAUUGAAAAUGGUACUCCAGCGGGUUUUAAAAUAAUAGCGGAAGCACGCAAAAGAAUUUUAAAUAUAAAUAAACAAAAUAAUGAAGUAGAGUCAACUAUUGACAAUUUGGAAGAUGAAACUAAAAGUAUAACAAAACAUGGAGCUCAUGUAGUUGCACCGUGUCCACAUGAUGGUAUUUGUCCAUUGGUAAAAUCAAGAAAUUGGUGUCAUUUUUCACAACGUAUAAACAGGCCGUUAUAUCUCAUGCAAACAAAAAAUGUGAAAAACCACAACUUUGAAGAUUCGAAAUAUUGCUAUGUCAUCCUUAGAAAGGGACAAAGGCCAAAGCUGUUAACAGAAUUCACUUCAACAAACGCAGAUAAACCGUCUGACAACAAGCGCGAUUUGACAGUCGAGGCCUAUCACUGGUCACGUUUAGUUAUGCCACCUAUGAAACGUAGCGCACAUGUUGUUUUGGAUUACUGUUCAAAGACAGGUUAUAUUGAAAGAGGUAUUAUCCCAAAGUCUCAAGGAAAAGUUCCAUAUCGGGAUGCGCGUAAAUCCAUAUGGGGUGAUUUGUUCCCACACGAACCAAAGAAACCUGCUGUACGUAGGCACGCCCCACAGUAUAUCGAACAAGUAGAUGUAAAGAGUAAAGAAAAAGAUAAAGUGAGAAUUCCAAGUGGACAACGAAGUAGUAAAAAGAUAAAUAAUAAGAAGAGAGAAGCAUGAAGGUAAU